GGCUCAAAUAAGUCAAUCCCCUCACAGCAGCUGUCCCCCCCAAAAAACAGAGAUGGCUGCGUAUUCUGCAGUCCUUUCCACACACUUCCACUCUUCUCCCCCCUUUUCCUCCCCAUUUUCUCGCUCCCCAAGCAGAAAGCUCAUUGCCUUUUCCUCCAAAUCCCUCUCUCCCACUCCCCACCCCUACCCCCCUAUCUUCUCCCUCCUCCAUCACCACCACCGCCACCACCACAACAACAAUUCUCUUACCCAAAACAGUAACAACCCCCUAUGCGCCAAAAACCCCUUUUCCUCGGCUCUAGACUCGAUCCUCAUUCUCUGUGCUUCGCUGGCCUUGGCGUUGUCCCUCUUUGUUGCCGAUGUGGACUCGGCCUCGGCCUUCGUGGUCACCACGCCGAGGAAGUUGCAGUCCGAUGAGCUCGCUACGGUUCGUCUUUUCCAGGAAAAUACGCCCUCCGUUGUUUACAUCACCAAUCUAGCUGUCAGGCAGGAUGCGUUUACGUUGGACGUGUUGGAGGUUCCGCAGGGUUCUGGGUCGGGCUUCGUGUGGGAUAAACAGGGUCACAUUGUCACCAAUUAUCAUGUGAUUCGUGGCGCUUCUGAUCUCAGGGUUACUCUUGCUGACCAGACAACUUAUGAUGCAAAAGUUGUCGGGUUUGACCAAGAUAAGGAUGUCGCAGUAUUGCGUGUCGAUGCUCCCAAAGACAAGCUCAGACCUGUGCCUGUUGGUGUCUCCGCAGACCUGCUUGUUGGUCAAAAAGUUUUUGCUAUUGGGAACCCUUUUGGACUUGAUCAUACUCUUACAACUGGUGUUAUCAGUGGGCUUCGCAGAGAAAUCAGUUCUGCUGCUACUGGCCGACCCAUUCAGGAUGUUAUACAGACAGAUGCUGCCAUUAAUCCUGGUAAUAGUGGAGGGCCACUAUUAGAUAGUUCAGGAAACCUUAUCGGGAUAAAUACAGCUAUAUAUUCUCCGUCUGGUGCAUCCUCUGGUGUUGGAUUUUCGAUCCCUGUUGACACUGUAGGUGGCAUUGUUGACCAGAUAGUGAGAUUUGGGAAGGUCACAAGACCAAUUUUAGGGAUUAAGUUUGCUCCUGAUCAGUCUGUGGAGCAGUUGGGGUUAAGUGGGGUGCUUGUCUUAGAUGCUCCUGCUAAUGGUCCAGCUGGUAAAGCGGGCCUGCAACCAACUAAACGUGAUGCCUAUGGUAGACUCAUUUUGGGUGACAUCAUAACAUCUGUGAAUGGUAAAAAGGUCACCAAUGGCAGUGAUUUGUACAGAAUUCUUGACCAAUGUAAAGUGGAUGAUACGGUGACUGUGGAGGUGUUGCGUGGUGAUCACAAGGAGAAGAUUGCUGUAAAGCUUGAACCGAAGCCUGAUGAGUCAUGAUAUAUACCUAGUGGUCCGGCAUGUAUAUUUUAGGUACAUAUAUAUAUAUCUAUUCAAUUUUUAUAUGAAUUGUUUCAUGCGAAGGGCUGAGGGCUCCUAUUGUACAUAUGUAUUUCAAUUGCUGUACUACCUCUGAUAACACAAGGUUUAUAUAUCUUUUGAGGUGAAAAUGUGUAACAGUAAUCUCCUUUAGUGGUACCAAUUGAAAGUGAAGAAAGAAGGAACACCGUCCGGGUAAUUAGGCUUCGGCAAUCAUCAUUAUGGUGGUUAUUGGCUUCAGUAUGACAGUAACUUUGGCCCUCGUAGUCUGCAAAAUUUGAAAUCGUCUCAAAUGAAGAACCAUUUAUUCCAAAAGAAAGAAGUGCUUGAAGAUUUUCUGCAAAAUUUCCAUCCUCACAUUUUCCACGGCAUUAAGUUCCGCCAUUCAUGCAUGAAUGGAAAACAAUGUGUAAGAAUGAGGUCCAUACACGUGGAAAUAUGGUUUAAUGCUGUUGGUGUUGAUCAAGAAAGAGCAUGUACCAUGCAAUUCAGGGUGGGUGCUCCAUCCCCCCCUCAAACGUGUAUUAGGAUUUAAAUUGGAGAGCAUCUAGUUAGUUGUAGUGUAGGGGUACUCUUGUCCUAAAAAAUGUGAAAAGACAAAAGUACACCUACACUUAUAACUAACUGGAACUGAACUGGAGAGGAUCUGUUUUCUUCGUAUGUUGAGAGAUCAGCUUACCCAACCAGUUUUUUGGGGUGAUUGAUCACUCUUUCAAAUAGUAAAAUGGUAGCCGGUAGCCAGUCGUACCUUAAGGGUGGUCAGACCAUUCUUAUAUUUAUCUUGCUUUACUUUAUAAAAGAUUUAUGUGGUUAAAAUUUGGAUUGUUUGUUGUGAAUGAAUGUGGAAAGUCUGGAUCCUUUGGAAUA